AUGAAAGUCCCUUUAGUGGAGGAUGUAAAAGAUGAAACUGAAGAGGAAAAAACAGGGGAAGAAGAAAAUGAAGAAGACAAGGUGUUCUUUAAGCCUGUUAUUGAAGACCUGAGCAUGGAAUUGGCUAAAAAAUGUACCGAACUAAUUAGUGAUAUCCACUAUAAAGAAGAGUAUAAGAAGUCUAAGGACAAGUGCACAUUUGUGACUGACACUCCAAUGCUCAACCAUGUAAGAAAUAUCAGCACUUUUAUUUCUGAGGCAAAAUACAAAGGCACCACUAAGGCGGACCUUUCAAACUCCCUUUAUAAACGGAUGCCAGCCACAAUCGACAGUGUCUUCGCGAGAGAAGUCACACAGCUGCAGAGUGAGGUUGCCUACAGGCAGAAGCAUGAUGCCACCAAAGGAAGUUCAGAUUAUGCCCAUAUGAAGGAGCCGCCGGAGGUCCGACACGCCAUGGAGGUCAACAAACACCAGAGUAACAUUUCCUAUAAGAAAGAUAUUCAGGACACCCACACAUACAGUGCAGAACUUGACAGACCGGACAUCAGGAUGGCAACUCAGAUCUCCAGGAUCGUAAGCAAUGCAGAAUAUAAGAAAGGGCAAGGUAUAAUGCAUAAGGAGCCUGUUGUAAUCGGAAGACCAGAUUUUCAGCACGCUGUGGAAGCCUCUAAACUUUCUAGUCAAAUUAAAUACAAAGAAAAAUUUGAUAAUGAAAUGAAGGAUAAGAAGCAUCACUACAACCCACUUGAAAGUGUGGCUUUUAGGCAAAGUCAGCUCGCCACCACACUGGCAAGCAAUGUGAAGUACAAGAAAGACAUUCAAAAUAUGCACGAUCCAGUUUCAGAUAUCCCAAAUUUGUUGUUUUUAGACCAUGCUCUGAAAGCCAGCAAAAUGCUCAGUGGACGUGAAUAUAAAAAGUUUUUUGAGGAAAACAAAGGCAUGUAUCAUUUUGAUGCCGAGGCCACCGAACACCUGCACCACAGAGGCACUGCCACCCUCCAGAGCCAGGUUAAAUACAAAGAAGAAUAUGAGAAAAAUAAGGGAAAGUCAAUGCUUGAAUUUGUUGAGACACCUUCUUACCAGGCUUCGAAGGAGGCUCAAAAGCUGCAAAGUGAGAAAGUUUACAGAGAAGAUUUUGAGAAGGAGAUUAAAGGGAGGUCUUCGCUGGAUUUAGACAAGACUCCAGAGUUCUUACACGCAAAGUACAUCACCAGCCUUCUGAGGGAGAAGGAAUAUAAAAAAGAUUUGGAAAAUGAAAUAAAAGGGAAAGGAAUGGAACUCAGUUCAGAAGUUCUUGAUAUUCAGAGAGCAAAGCGGGCAUCUGAAAUGGCCAGUGAGAAAGAAUACAGGAAAGACCUGGAGUCAGAAAUUAAAGGGAAGGGAAUGCAAGUUGGCACUGACACGCUUGAAAUCCAGCAUGCCAAGAGAGCAGCUGAAAUCGCCAGCGAGAAAGACUAUAAACGAGACCUGGAGACUGAGAUCAAAGGGAAAGGAAUGCAGGUCAGCACGGACACUCUUGACGUGCAGCGGGCUAAGAGAGCAUCGCAGAUGGCCAGCCAGAAACAAUAUAAGAAGGACUUAGAAAAUGAAAUUAAGGGGAAAGGAAUGCAAGUGAGCAUGGAUAUCCCAGAUAUGCUUCGAGCCAAGAGGGCAUCUGAAAUCUAUAGUCAGAAAAAGUAUAAAGAUGAAGCGGAGAAAAUGCUCUCUAACUAUUCCACUGCAGCAAAUACUCCUGAAAUGCAGCGAAUCAAGACCACUCAACAAAAUAUUAGUGCGGUAUUUUAUAAGGAAGAAGUGGGAGCCGGCACAGCAGUAACAGACACUCCAGAGAUGGAGCGAGUGAAGAAAAAUCAGCAGAAUAUUAGCUCAGUGAAAUACAAAGAAGAGAUUAAACAGGCAACAGCAAUUUCUGAUCCUCCAGAGCUAAAGAGAGUUAAAGAAAACCAGAAGAACAUCAGCAAUCUUCAAUAUAAAGAGCAGAACUACAAGGCCACUCCAGUCAGCAUGACCCCAGAAAUGGAGAGAGUGAGGAAGAACCAGGAGCAGCUGAGUGCGGUGAAAUACAAAGGAGAGAUCAAGCAGGCGACUGCAAUUUCUGACCCCCCGGAGCUGAAGAGAGUGAAAGAAAACCAGAAGAACAUCAGCAAUGUUUAUUAUAAAGGUCAGCUGGGCAGAGCUACUGCUUUAAGUGUAACUCCCGAAAUGGAGAGGGUAAAGAAGAAUCAAGAAAACAUCAGCUCGGUAAAAUACACCCAGGAUCGUAAACAGAUGAAAGGUAGACCAAGUCUGAUUUUAGAUACACCUGGUCUGAGACAUGUGAAAGAAGCCCAGAGCCAUAUCUCCAUGGUGAAAUAUCAUGAAGACUUUGAAAAGACAAAGGGAAGGGGCUUCACUCCUGUGGUGGAUGACCCCGUGACAGAGCGGGUGAGGAAGAACACGCAGGUGGUCAGUGACGCUGCCUACAAAGGUGUUCACCCGCACGUGGUGGAGAUGGACAGGAGACCUGGGAUCAUCGUGGACCUCAAAGUUUGGCGCACAGAUCCUGGCUCCAUCUUCGACAUUGACCCCCUGGAGGACAAUAUCCAGUCUAGAAGUCUCCACAUGCUGUCUGAAAAGGCAAGUCACUAUAGGAGACAGCGGUCUCGGUCUCAUUCCAGCAGUACUUUUGGUACAGGUCUGGGGGAUGACAAGUCAGAAAUCUCCGAGAUUUAUCCUAGCUUUUCGUGCAGCAGUGAGCUCACAAGACCAUCUGAUGACGGAGCACCGGUUCUUCCUGGAGCCUACCAGCAAAGCCAUUCCCAGGGCUACGGGUUCAUGCACCAGGCCAGCGUGUCAUCCAUGAGGUCCAUGCAGCAUUCUCCAAAUCUAAGGACCUACCGGGCCAUGUACGACUACAGCGCCCAGGACGAAGACGAGGUCUCCUUCCGAGACGGCGACUACAUCGUCAACGUGCAGCCCAUUGAUGACGGCUGGAUGUACGGCACCGUGCAGAGAACCGGCAGAACGGGGAUGCUGCCGGCCAACUACAUUGAAUUUGUUAAUUAAGUCUUUCUCCUUGCCCUUUGAGCUUUAUUCUAAUGUAUUCUAAAUCUGAUCUUUUUAAAAGAUAGACGAUACUUUUAAGAAAAUUUGGCAGUUAUUUUACAAUAAUGUAUCCUUACUUUGACAAGUAGACACACAGGUACCAGGAAGAAGGAGGGACUUCUGGGCUGGAGACAGCAGCGUUGUCAGGAAUUCCUGUACACAAAAUCGUGAAUGUCUGCAGACCUGGUGCUGCGAGUUGUGUUCGUGGUUUCUUUUGAUUGGCUAUUGAACCCUUCUGGGGAAAUGUAUUUUUGUAGACUUAUUUAAUAGAAGUGUUGAUUGUCCCUUCAGUGUCAUCAGUAAUAUGAGACUUCUUAGCUGUCACUUUGGAAUCAUCACCAAGAAGCCAAUUCUCUUAAUUCAGUAAUGCAGCCGAUAAUUUAAACACUGGUGAGUUUUGGAGUCAUUGGGCGAUUUCCAGCUCAGGCAAAAAUUGCCUAAUGCAAUAAAUGUAAGCAAUGGCAAAAUGACAAUUUGGUUAAAAUUAUAUGGACUGGUGGCCUUAGGGACCUAGAAACAUCCAUGUUCCCUGGGCUGCCCGAGAUCUGUUUGUCUCUCAUUUGCACCAAGGCGUUCCCCUCUCUCCAUCUGCGUUCUCUGGACCCUGGUGUAGCCUCAGCUCCACGGAAUGUCAGGACCAAGCACCUUCACAGCCACUCUGCAGAGGGGACACAAUGACGUCAUCUCUUGUGUUUCCCUAGUAGCCCUGAGCCUGUUGCAUGUCCUGUAGGUUCCAGCUUUUGUAACAUAGGCAGCUGUCCUGCCCACCCCUGUAAUUAAAGAAAAAACCUUGGCUGCUCCUACAGCCCUUCCUCUAGCUGCUGGCUCAUCAGAAUAACAUAUUUGGAAAAGUUGCUUGAGAUUUUCCUGCUGCAUUGCACUCUAGUUUUGAAGGAUUUACAUCUUAGGAAAUAACACGUAUACUCUAGUAAAUAAGUGAUCUAGGUGUUUAUUGAACAGCUUUCAUUAACUUAACACUGCUGUUGAUUUACAAAUGAAGAAAAUGUUAUAGAAACCAGUGGAAAAAAUGGAUUGUGGAAUGUAUGGGAAUCAAACCCAGCAAACAAAAAGUUAGCAAUUCCACCUUGAGAUGAUGCGGCUUCUGGGUUUGGAAACUGCUAGUCAGAUUCUGGCAUGGAAAUCUAGCCGCUAAAACUGGUUCAUCUGAAGACUUCCUAUCCACUUUCCAGCUUUGAUUUUCCAAGUCACCUUAAGCAAUGAGAUACGAAUGUCCGCAGAGAUUUUCACUGUAUGGUCCACAGGCUGUCCUCUAAGAAAGAAAUCCUUGUCAUGCUUUGAUUUUCGAGUAAGUGACUCUGCAAGCCUCUCUGUACUCAUAGAUGUGAGGGCGGCUUUUGCUGGUGGGCCCUGAAAUCUCACCUGGAGGCUGCAGUCCAGGUCACUGAGAGGUUGAUGUGUUUUUCCCGGGGGUGCCCCUUCUUGUGACCUGCAACACGAUGGCAUUCAUGGAGGGUCUGACGCUGUGGUGAGGAUGAAACUGAAAAAGCAAAGCUGCCAACUUGUAAUCAAUUGUAUGGGCCACGGGAAUGUCUGCCUUAUAUGAGAUUCAAGGAAGUUAGCGGCAGGGUCUUUAUUUCUUUAUUGAAGCGCUUACUAGACCAGAGGCCAAAGCUGAUUUGCCGACACUUCUGAUAAGUGAGCGCAAUCCUUUUGAAAAUCUGUAGUUUCGUUUGAGAAGAACUCAAAGAGCAAACGCUUCAUUCCAUGAAAGAUUCAUCUGCAUGACCCUGACAUAAAAUUAAAAAGAGAAAAAUUUAGGCAAAUAACUAGAGAUUUUUUUGGAGGGCACUUUACAGACUACUGAUAACCAGCUUGACUGAUUUUCUCUCGUUGAAAUGACGGUCAUGACUAAAUAAAUUAAACCCAUAUCAAUUCUGAUAUUUUGUACACAAACAUGCAAAGACAGCUCAACUUGUAAUAAUUUUACAAAAAUCUGUGCAUUAAAGUCCCAGGCAAUAAGCCUGCCCAGUUUUAUUAUACAGUAUGUAUUUAUGUUUCACCCAAGUAGACCACUUUUGGUGUUUGUAGAAAAGAGAGAAGUUGUUGAUUAAAUUUCCAGGCUAAAUGUAGAACAGGUACAAUUUUUGAGAAACAGCACAUUUAUAGGAAGCUGACAGGAGACUGUCCUGAAGCAAUGCUUACAAUCAGGAAACUUUCCAGAAAGCAGCAGUUUGAUAUCUCAUGUUUUUCUCACCUACUGCUUUCAAAAUCAUAUUCAUUCAAUGUAAAGUCAAUACAUAUUUGGGGAGUAAAUCUCCUGAAUUUUUAAACUUCACAGAAUGUAUGCAUAGCAAGAUAUUCCUGCUUCUAGCCUUUAGGAAUUUGGAUGUGAUCAUAAUUUAACUAGAGGGCAAUUACUUUACAAUAAAGACAGAGGAAGAACAAGACAUUGCAUGCAAUUGGGUUGUCAUUUGAUGGUGUUGGCGUAGUACUAAAGCUUUGUCAGGAUACUAAGCAUCUCAGUAGAACAAUAAGAAAUACACAUGUGUAAUACCAAAGUGCUAUUUUUACAGCCUCAUUUUUGAAAACAACCAUUCUGGAAACAACUUUUCCACUGGCACGUGCCUCCUGUGCACCUUUAGUUUGGCCACAGUUAUCUCAUACAUAACACAGCUAAAGAAGAAUUCUAAAACAAGUCUUUAAAAAAUGAAGUUAUUGAGCCUGUAAGUGCCCAAGCACAGAGAGCACGCACCUGAUUUUCUAAAUGGAAUGUGUUCUCAAACCUGACUAAAGCACAAGGGGUAGUUGGAUAUGCUUUAAAAAGGUUUUGAAAACAAAACUGUUUGUGGAUCAUAUCUCUCUUGAGAAAAGUAUCCCAACAGAAUAUCUUGCUUUUGUUUUGUGGUAAAUGUUUCUACUAAUUCUUGUUCUCUGGAAAGCUUUCUAGUUGUGACCUAUUGCGAAAUGAAUGCUUCAUGUCUUCUUGUUAUUGUUUGUACAUCACAGGGUAACCCAGUUUGAAAUAUUUAUCUGGUUGUCAGCUCUCUGCGGAGGCCGUGUGUCUGACCGCCAGAGACCACACAGGGAUGUGUAAGCACAAUUCCCACAAGCACCUUGUCUGAGCGAGGCUGACCUCCGAGUGGCCCCUGGCUUGCCCCUGGCCUACAGAGGAUGAGACUAUGGGUCUGCCACACUCUUUCUUUCCUUGUCUAUUUGUGCUGAGCUUCAUAGCACUCCGGGAAUUGGGGAAACAAUGGAAAGAGAUGGUGGAAGCACUAGUGGCACCCCUUAUUUUCAGGUUCAUGAUGUCCCAUGGAAUGUUUUUAAUAAAAAGAUAAUGUCUAUGAUCUUUGAUAACAUAUCCCUAUACAAAGUGGACAUAGUUUAUACCAAAAUUAUAGUAAUAGAAACAAAAAAAAGAGGUGCCUUUUUGAUUACCCUGUUUAUCUAUUAUGGUCUUGGGAAGAAAACUAAGCGAGCAAACUUCUGCCUAUUAUUCUAUAGGAAUAUUUUAUUAUAAAUGAUGGGUAUUUUUGUGGUGGGGUUGGGGAAUGCUCCUGAGAGGUAUUAACGGUGGUAGCUAAUUGUAUUGUAUUUUAACUCUAAAGGUUUAGAAUUUUAGAAAAUGUUGACUUCUUCCAUCGAUUUCUGAAAGGUUCUUUAUGGAUUAAUAUAUAGCUGAGAUAUGGAAACAUUAACUUUAGGUUUGGGGUUUGAAAUACUAUUGUAAGAGAAUAAAUUUGUUAGAAGGCUGAAUUCCCUAUAUAAGAUGAAUUUCACCUCAUAAGUUAAUUAUACCUUAGCUGUUUGCUUCUGAUAAUCUAAAGUGGCUAGAUUGCUGAUGUUUUCGGUAAUGUGACAUGGAGGUGAGAUAGCUUUGGUUAAGUAGCUGUGUAAACUUGAUGAAGGAUGCUAAAAUGAGAGUCUCUUUCUGAAGUAACCCACAAGGGCCCUUUCCAACUUCAACUGUUGAUGAUCAAGAAUGUCAAGACAUCAUUUGAGACCUCUGUGGUCGUCGUUCUGUGAUGCUCACACUACUAGAAUCCACAAGCCUGGAAAGAUCCCCAGGCAAAUUUUCUCCCCUUUUGUCCACAUUACUUUGGUAGAUUUGUGGGAAUUCCAUAUGCUUUUUGUGUUUGAUAAUAUGGUAUUCAGUUUGCAUAAUAUCUACGUCUUUGUAAUCCAGUUGCUGUUGAGAAUGAUUUGCUUUAAAGGAAAAGAGAAAACUGUAUCACAGUCCCAUUCUCCAGCGUCCAUAUAAUCAGCUGCUACACAUUUUGGGAAGCAGCACCAAGUAUGUGACAGACAUGAUACAGAAUGUUGGCCUUUGACCUGUGAUAAAAAUGCAAAAUCGCACCAUUUUCUCCUUCGAAAUAUGUAGAAUUGUGGUUGAUGAUAAAUGUGCAAGACUGUACUAACAUUGAGAACCUAACAGUUUUGAAGAAAACAUUCAAAAUGCUUUUCAAAUGAAGGGGCUUACAGAAUGAUACAAUGUUCUUAACAUAAUUUGGCUUUUGUUAUGCAAAUUGUUAACACCAGCUAUUAAAAUAUAUUUUAGUAGAAAUGCUUUAAUUCAUGUUUUUUUCCUCUACACUGUGAAUCUUUAAGCCUUGGUGGACUAGAGCAACAUCAUGCUGUCCAAAGGACUAACCUAUGCAAACUAGUUCACAUUUUAGUGGAUGUCACAGUAGACGUGUAAUGAGACAUUAUUUCCCCCUGCAUAAUGUACAAUAGCAUUGAAAUUACACAUUUAGCCCAGCAUCAUGUAUGUAUAGUACAGUCACUCACAGACCCUUCAAGGCUAUCAUAAUCAUUAGUAUUAGUAUUCAUGUAAAAGCAAAUCCAUGAUUUUUCAAUGGAAGAGACUUGAACGAUGUGAGAAGGACAAUGAGCAAUGGGCUCGUCGGCCAUGGCUUUCGUGUGGUCCCUGUAGGUGGUCUCCUAUGAUAGAACUGUGUUCUCAGAUGCACUCUCUUCAGGGUCUUAAAAGUUGGUGUCUUUUUCUGUAUUUGUAAAACAUUAUAAUGCAUUAAUUUCCUAUCUCUACACAUCUGGUUUGCUUAAAUAA